AUGGGGCAUAUGGAGUACAUACCGCCUGGAGAGAUCGAAAAGCCAGUUAAUAGCGUAUAUUAUCUGCCACAUCACUGCGUUUUCAAGGAAGAUUCUACUACCACAAAGCUACGUGUAGUUUUCGACGGAUCUGCAACAACAUCAACCGGUCAAUCACUCAACGACACUUUGAUGGUUGGUCCCACGGUACAAGACGACCUCUACUCGAUAAUCAUGCGCUUCAGGUUCUACCCAAUUGCUUUAUCAGCAGAUAUUGCAAAAAUGUACCGACAAGUUGCUCUAGAGGACAAAUCGAAGGAUUUCCAUCGCAUACUUUGGAGAUUAAAUAAAUCGGAUGAAAUCAAGCAUCUCAGGAUGACACGUGUUACAUAUGGAAUAGCUUUGUCAGCUUUUUACUCAACAAGAUGCCUCAAUGAAGUAGCAGAUCAAUCUAAGAACCCAAUGAUCAAAGAAAGUCUCAAAAAUUGUUUCUAUGUAGACGACUUUCUUGGUGGCGCUAAUGAUAAGCAUGAAGCAGAAAGACUCAUCUCUGAUUUAUGCGAAGAGCUGAACUCUCAUGAAUUCCCUCUACGAAAGUGGACUUCAAGUAAUGCUAAAAUAAUUGAAGGAUUGCCAGAACAUCUCCGCGAAAAAUCGGAUGUGCUGGAACUUUUCUCUGACGAAUACAAAAUCAAGGCGCUAGGAGUCAGUUGGAAGCCCAAUAAGGACAUCUCUUGUUUUUCAACUGCCUUACCAGAGCUGAAACUGCUUACAAAGAGGACUCUUCUGUCCACAAUUUCAAAAUUGUUUGAUCCGAUGGGAUGGCUAGCUCCAUUCAUCAUCAAUUUCAAAUGUCUCAUGCAACAGCUAUGGGUCCAAGGUUUUGAUUGGGAUUCUGAAGUCGAUCAGAAAACCAAGGAAAAAUGGUAUGAGCUCACCGGAACUUUGCCUCAACUACUGGAACUACAGAUACCAAGAUCUAUGAUCUCACAUCCAAUAAAGGAGGUUCAACUUCACGUAUUCUGUGAUGCUUCCGAAAAAGCAUAUGCAGCCGCAAUCUAUGCAAGAAUUACCAAUGAUGAUGGCAAAACUUUUGCGUAUCUACUGACCUCCAAAACAAAGGUUGCUCCGGUCAAAGCAAUCUCUGUUCCCAAAUUAGAGCUCUGCGGUGCAAGUUUAGCUACCAAACUUCUUAAAUCAGUUCAUUCAAUUUUGAGGAAAACAAAUCUCAAGAUAACUUCACACGCCUGGACUGAUUCAACAAUUGUCUUGCAAUGGCUUGCUCAACUUCCACGAACGUGGAACACUUUUGUUGCAAACAGAGUUUCACAAAUACAAGAGACCCUACCCAGAAGUGAUUGGAAACACGUGCCAACAGCAGUAAAUCCAGCUGAUUUAGCCUCUCGUGGUGUAUUAGCUGACACAUUAAUAUCUUCCUCACUCUGGUGGAAUGGACCAGAUUGGCUGACCAAGGAUGAAAGGCACUGGCCCAACCUACUACCAUCUCUAGUUGAAGCACCUGAAAAACGAACCGUCAAAGCCAAGACUAAUGCAGAAAGUGAACAAAUUCGAACUGUUCUCGCAAAUCAUGCUCAAAACGAAGAAAUGACGGAUGGAAUUUUUCGUUUAUAG